AUGGCUAGUGUGAGAGGCCCACCCAAGCCCAUCGUACCGCAGCAUGUCGUUCGCACAACGCCUGCUGCUUUCCCAAGACCCGCUUACCUCGACCACUCUGCGUUACGACACUUGUUGCAGGUCGAAGGACCCGAGCCUCCUAUACCCAGCCGAAGGGCCGAUGCCUCUGCGAGCACGACGAGUGCGAGGAAUCAAGCGUAUGCCAAUGCUUUGUCUGUUUCGUCUGACAACGACGACACCCGCAGUGCCUCCUCCUCACCCGUCCCUACGCCACUCCCUCGUGUGGAUCAGCCCCUCAAACUACCUACUCGAUGGAGCGAACAAGAUCGACACACUGGCCUCAGUGUUUCCUCUGACGGACGUGAACUAAUAUUCAAUGGACCAUCCUGCAGCGCUGAGAAGGAGGCUGCCUCUGCGCGUACAAUUUACCCCAUCCCUCGAGCGUGUGGUAUUUUUUACUACGAAGUCGAGAUUCUGGGAAAGGACCAAAAAGCUCACAUCAGCAUUGGUUUCGCCAGCAAGUCGGGGAAAUUUGUCAGGUUGCCAGGGUGGGAUGCGAAUUCUUGGGGUUAUUAUGGCGACGAUGGGUGCGCAUUAUCCCCUGAAAGAAGCGGAUUCCAAUACGGCCAACCAUUUGGCACUGGCGAUUUCAUUGGAUGUGGUAUUGACUUCUCCACGUACAAGGCAUUUUAUACCAAGAACGGAAUCCUAAUAGGUCCAGUGUUCGAUAAUGUUGGCAAAAAUGGUGACCUCUUCCCUUCAGUUGGGAUCCAGCAUACGGGCGAAUCAGUUCGCGCCAAUUUCGGUCAGGACCCAUUCAAAUACGAUAUCGACGAUCACGUCCAACAACAACGUAACGUGACUUGGAAUAAAAUUCUAAGCACAUCCCUCAAUCGCAGCGUAUUGCACGGACGCUACCGCAGGACUGGAGUUGGUUCGAUUGCGUCCAUUACCAAUGACACAGGAGUCCAGCAGUCUCUGACUGAAGAGGAGUCGAAACAGGUCCUUAACCAACUAGUGAUGACAUACCUUGUUCAUCACGGAUACGCCAAAACGGCGCAUGCGUUUGGAAGGCAGUACGAGGGACGUGAUAAAGACCCGUCGAAGGACGCCUCAAACACAAGUGGACACGGUCCCGACGUCGAAAUGAAAGCAUCAUCAAGCACCUCCGAAUCUGUGGAAAUUGACAUUCAAUCUCGCACAAACGUCGUGAACUCCGUCCUUGCAGGAGACUUAGAUUCAGCAAUUGGAACCCUUCAGAAAAGGUAUCCAACGGUUUUGGAGGCCGAUGACCAUAUGUUGCUAUUCAAGUUGCGAUGCCGGAAAUUUGUGGAGCUGUUCCUCGAGACAACGGAAAUGAAAAAGAGGAUGAAGGCAAUAAAAGAGAGGGAGCUUGCGAAGAGUAAGGCGCCAGAACUACCUCUGCAGGAUACCUGGAUGGAUGAAGAGAUGAGUAUGGACAUUGAUGAAGAACCAUCCGUUCCACACCACCGCAGGCCAUCGAUUGCCCCCUCCCCAAUGGACCAUACCGAAGAACUCAAUGGCAAGGAACUGUGGUCGCCUGACACCAUUUCUGCCCAAUACGAGUCUGCGUUAAAUGCUGCUCUUGCCUAUGGCCAAACGUUAACCAACGACCAUCAGUCCGACAACAGGCUGGAGGUGCAACAAUUGUUCAAGAAAACCUUUGGGAUUGUUGCUUUCGAGGAUCCGCUCGAUCCGAGUUGUCCAGUGGUGGAUGUUGCUUCGCACGAUUCGAGAGUGGCUCUUGCGCAUGACGUCAACCAGGCAAUCCUCAAAUCACAAGGACGUCCAGCACAACCUGCUCUGGAAACUCUGUACCGUCACACCGCCACCGCCAUAACCCAACUCGGCUUGUCUGGCGUCGGAGCUGCCGCAUUUGCAGACAUGUCGAAGGAGUUCCUGCAACCGUAA